GAUUUUCGCAGAACGCACUGCUUCGUCUUGCAAAAAAUCAGCCCGCCUCGCGCUGUUUAGCGCUCGAAGGAAGCCGCCUAUGAACAAACUCGAAGGAUAUUUGUGGCGCCUGUAGAUACUCUCAUUUUGAUUGCUCUCGGACCAUCAUCCAUGUUGAUAAAGAAUUGAAUAUCGAUCUUGACCCAAUCAGCUGGUUCCAUGGAUUUGUUCAUCAACCUUGAUUGCCGCUUCACUCUUGCUCGACUCUCACUCAAGCUCUUUUCCCAGAUGGCCCAUUUUAAAGCAUAACAACCCGUUUUGAAGUGGUAAUUAAAGUAUCUAGAAGGAAUGGAUUCACCUGAAUCCAACAGAAAUUAUGUAAAGAGAGAUGUAGAAGAUGGUUUGGGUGUGAAGAAUGAUAGGGUGGGAGAUGAUGAAGGAUGGGAUGGCGGUGAUAGGAGAAAGCAUAGGUCAAGUAGGUCGAGAAAGUCAAGCAAUGGAGAAGAUGUCGAUGGAUUAGACGGCAGUGGAAGAAAAAAAACAUAUGGGGAUAGAAGUGACAGUCGAAAAAAGUCAGGAGGGUCUAGUAGAGGAGAUAGCGAGGAAGAUGAAUAUGAUUCAAGGAAAGAAUCGCGUUCAAAGCAGACAAAAAAGAAACAAGAGGAGAGCACCUUGGAAAAAUUGAGUAGUUGGUACCAGGAUGGAGAACUAGAUAAUAGGAAAGAUGUUGGGGAUAAGUUAGGAAGUCGAGGACUUGGUAAAGGAGAUGAAAAUGACAAAAGAAAAAUGACUUCAAAGUUUUCUGAGCAUGAAAGUUCUCAGAGUAAAAGCAAAAGCAAAGAAGAAAAAUUUCAUGAUGGAGAUUCUGAGAAGACACUGGAUCGAGAUUCCAAAUAUUCAGAAAAGAGACACAGUAGCCGAGAGAAAGGUCAUGGAUCGUCUGAGCAGGCAAGGAGAUCUCGAAGAAGAUGGGAUGAACCAGAUGCUGUCAAAAAAAUUGAAGAAAGUUAUUCUGAAAAGGUCGAGAGUAGAAGUGGUAAGACUUCUGAUUUGAAGUAUGAGAGUCCUAGAGAGAAAAGCAUGCCGAAAACUGAAGCUAGUGAGGGUAAGGGUCAGGGAUUAGAUUCAUUCAAUGACAAGAGUACAAAGUCUAACUACAGGGAGGAUAAAAAACUUGAUGUGGAGAGAGGGAAGAGCAGAGGCAGGACUGAAGUGCAGGAAGAAGGUAGUAGGGCAAGUUCAGUUUCACGUGAAGAUAAAUCAAGCAGAGAAAAAUCUGAAAAAUAUAGGCAACAAAAAAUAUCUACUAGUAGAGAUGUUGCAAAUGGUCGGGAGAAGGCUCUCAAUGGUGAUGCAGAUGUACAGACGUGGACUAGAGAUAAAGGUGCAAGAGAAGUUGGAAAUGUCGACAAGUCCAAAAGUCCUGAGAAGACCGAGAGGAAUCAAGAAUCAGACUACAUAGAUGUGGAUUAUGAAAGAGGCUUGAACCACAAGCGGAAGGAACUAGAAAAAGAUGGUUAUAGGGAUGACAGAUCAAAAGGCAGAGAUGAUAGUUGGAGUGAUCGGAACAGAGAUCGGGAAGGUAAUGUUGACAAUUGGAAAAGACGUCAACAUGGAAACCAAGACAAUGAUACAAAAUCUGGGGAUUAUAUGUAUGAUCAUGGUAGGGAGUGGGAGUUGCCUAGACAUGGCCGUGAGCGGAUUGAGAGUGAAAGGCCUCAUGGAAGGUCUAGUAAUCGGAAAGAUGGAAGUAGGGGUGAAGCGGUGAAGACAUCAUCAAACUUUGGCAUUUUAAACGAGAAUUAUGAUGUGAUAGAGAUCCAAACCAAACCUCUGGAUUAUGGAAGAGUAGAGUCUGGAAACUUUGCUAGGAGGACUGAAGCUGGCCAGCAAUCUGAAGGUAAGUUUGCAUCGAGUGAUGGUGAGUGGAUGCAUCAGCAAGAAGGAAGGGCAAGGAGGACUGAUAACUAUGGUCAUGGGCAGUCUGAUGGAGAUUUGAAGGAGAGAUAUGCAGAUGAAGGUGGGACAACACAAGAUCAGAAUUCAUGGAGGGACGACUUUGAUUUUCAUGGGGGGAAGGGAAGAGGCCAGAAAGGUGUAAAUUCCGGUCGUGUUGGUGGUGGUCAAAGUUCUAGCAGUGGUUCACAGCAACUUUAUGGCAACCAAGAGCCGGGAUCCUUCAAUCGAGUUACUCAGCAAGGAAUGAAAGGGAAUAGAGUAGGGAGAGGAGGCAGAGGAAGACCUGCUGGGAGAGAGAGUCAACAGGGUGGAAUUCCAUUGCCAAUGAUAGGAUCUCCAUUUGGACCUCUAGGAAUUCCUCCGCCAGUACCGAUGCAGCCACUUACUCCUGGCAUGUCACCCGGUCCAGGUCCACCAGUUUCUCCAGGUGUCUUUAUCCCACCAUUCUCCCCUCCAGUUUGGCCUGGUGCUCGUGGUAUUGAUAUGAGUAUGUUAGCUGUUCCACCAGGACCAUCAGGACCUAGAUUUCCUCCAACCAUAGGGACUCCACCAAAUGCUGCCAUGUAUUUUAAUCAAUCAGGUUCUGGAAGAGGCAUUUCUUCAGGUGUAGCUGGGCCGGGUUUCAAUAACUCUGGACCAGUGGGGCGGGGUGCUCAGCCUGAUAAAAAUCCUAGUGGUUGGGCUGCCCAGAAAAGUAUUGGUCCUCCUGGUAAGGCACCUUCAAGAGGAGAGCAGAACGAUUAUUCUCAAAAUUUUGUUGACACGGGAAUGCGACCACAGAAUUUCAUCCGGGAGCUUGAACUUACAAAUGUAGUAGAGGACUAUCCCAAGCUUAGAGAACUUAUACAGAAAAAGGAUGAAAUUGUAGCUAAUUCUGCAUCUCCUCCUAUGUACUACAAAUGUGAUCUGAGAGACUUUGAACUUUCACCAGAAUUCUUUGGAACCAAGUUUGAUGUCAUUCUCAUUGAUCCCCCAUGGGAAGAAUAUGUGCAUCGCGCUCCUGGUGUUGCUGAUCACAUGGAAUACUGGACUUUUGAAGAAAUUAUGAAUCUUAAAAUUGAGGCAAUAGCUGAUACACCUUCUUUCAUAUUCCUAUGGGUUGGUGACGGUGUCGGCCUUGAGCAGGGCCGUCAAUGUCUUAAGAAGUGGGGGUUCCGACGCUGUGAGGAUAUCUGUUGGGUGAAGACAAACAAAAAUAAUGCAGCUCCAGGCUUACGGCAUGACUCCCACACUCUUUUCCAGCACUCCAAGGAGCAUUGUCUCAUGGGCAUUAAAGGAACCGUACGUCGCAGUACCGAUGGUCAUAUAAUCCAUGCAAACAUUGAUACUGAUGUAAUUAUUGCUGAGGAACCUCCUUACGGUUCAACCCAGAAGCCCGAAGAUAUGUACAGGAUAAUCGAGCAUUUUGCCCUUGGCCGCAGAAGGCUCGAGCUCUUUGGUGAGGACCAUAAUAUUCGAGCCGGGUGGUUGACUGUCGGUAAAGAGCUGUCUUCGUCAAAUUUUCUUUCCGAGGUAUAUAUCAAAAACUUUGCUGACAAAGAUGGGAAAGUUUGGCAAGGUGGAGGAGGCCGGAAUCCACCCCCAGAAGCAUCUCAUCUUGUUAUGACAACGCCAGAAAUAGAGUUGCUUAGGCCAAAAUCGCCAAUGAAAAACCAGCAACAAAUGCAGCAGCAACAAUCAGCAUCGUUAACUACAGCCACCUCGAUGAACCGGAGGCCAACGGGAAACUCGCCACAGAAUCCAACCAGUUUAGAUGUUUCAAAUUCUAACCCUAUGACACUACCUCCCCCUUGGGGUUCACAAAUGGAGGGGGGUUUUAAAGGACGAGAAGCCAACAACAUUCCUCUAGGCGAUGAAGUUUACGAUGCAUAUGGGUUCGGCGAGCAGCCAAGCGGAGAGUACGUUGAUUUCGAAUCUCAUAGACAGAUAAAUAUGUUGUAAUAUUUGUUAUUGGCACGCGAAUGUGCUUCGGUUUCGGUGUAGCUUCGUAAUCUUUCCAAGGGUAGAAACAUUUUUGGGGCGUUGCCAUUUCCAUCUCUUGAAUUUUUAGUUGCAUAUUGUUGUAAUGUUUCCCAAAUUGGGGAUUCCAGAACUAUGGGCUUCCUGCAAUUCAGAGGAAAAUCUGUAACUUAUGUAGCCCCCGCAAAUUUUGUUAUUGGUAGUGCAAAAUUCCCUGCUUGUGACAAAA